CAACCUGCCUCCCGAAAUCAAAUUCAAUUUUAUCCCCAUAAAAAUAUCCUGUUUAAUUCCUUCUUCCAUAUGUAAUCUAGAACACACCAUGAUUGGUAUGCAUAGUGAAUAAGGUGGUUUCAUAUUAUUUCUGCAUUCUCUGCACAAUUUCUGGACUUCAGCUAUCGGAGCUCGGUUUGAGACUUUGGCUCGCAUGCCACGUGCUUAUGGGUGCUUGAGCACGUGAGCGGAGUUUAAGCCGUUCACAUAGUGGAAGAAACCGAAGUGCUGAAAUCCUUAUGACCAACUCGGCCCGGUGGGUUUAAAUGCUGAUUAUAUGGUUCAUUUGAAGUUGCUGAGAUGGUGUUACAUUUGAAUACUCAGGAUUUGUUCGGGCGUUACAAAAUUUUCAGACUUGAAAGAAUUAUGAAGCAUUAGGGAAGUUGGAGAUUCCGGGGAUGGGCAGCAAGGGGCUGAAAAUUUGCCUGUAGAAUUAGUCGGAGAAGGUAUUGUCAUACAACAAAAGAGGGAACAUUUCAGGCAUAUGGAUGAUGAUGAGUCAGUGAUUGGGGAUAGCAGGUCUAAAGAGGAAGCAUUUGCUUCAUCUUCAGCUUCGUCUAAGGAGGCAGAGGAUUGGAAGUCAUCGGAAGUUCAUCCUUCACCUCGAGGUUUGGAUCAUUGCAUCACGGCACCUGCUAGAACUGAGGGCAACAGGCUUCUUGCUGACCAUGAAAUUGUGUUUAAUAGAUCAGUGACAGAAAAGAGGGAGUCUCAAAGGAAGGAUCUAAUGCUGGACAGGUUGUCAGAGCGUGAGAAGCAAAAAUUGAUUGUGGAACUAGUGAAGAUACAAAAUGAUGGGACAGUUGAAGUUGAUCUAGGAAGAAGUUCACCUGUUGCUUCAGAAUUGUUAGAGCUUAAAUCUUUUGAAGAGUCAGCAACGAGCGGAAGUUUUAUUUCUGAAUCCAAUAAAUCAGUUCCGAGGUUACAAAUUGUCAUACUUGUGGUUGGAACUAGAGGAGAUGUACAACCUUUUCUGGCCAUUGCAAAGAGGUUUCAGGGUUAUGGUCAUCGUGUAAGGUUGGCAACUCAUGGCAAUUUCAACACAUUUGUUAAGUCAGCUGGUGUAGAUUUCUAUCCUUUGGGCGGUGAUCCUCGAGUUCUGGCAGGAUGUAUGGCCAGAAAUAAAGGUUUGAUUCCUGCUAAUCCGUCAGAAAUAUCUAUUCAAAGAAAGCAAAUGAAGGCCAUUAUUGAUUCCCUUCUUCCAGCUUGCACAGCUCCUGAUUUGGAAACAGGCGUUCCUUUUAGAUCUCAGGCUAUCAUUGCCAACCCUCCUGUAUAUGGACAUGUGCAUGUUGCUGAAGCCCUUGGGGUGCCUCUUCACAUAUUUUUCACAAUGCCUUGGACGCCAACAAAUGAGUUCCCUCACCCUUUGGCACGUGUUCCUCAAAGUGCUGCAUAUUGGCUAUCCUAUGUCAUUGUAGACCUACUGAUAUGGUGGGGGAUAAGAGGAAUUAUCAAUGACUUCAGGAAAAAGAAAUUGAAGCUUGCUCCUAUUGCAUACUUCAGCACUUAUCGUGGAUCAAUAUCUCAUUUACCAACUGGCUAUAUGUGGAGUCCUCAUGUUGUUCCAAAGCCAAGUGAUUGGGGCCCUUUAGUUGAUGUUGUCGGUUAUUGUUUCUUAAACCUUGGAUCAAAGUAUCAGCCUCAGGAAAAUUUUGUCCAAUGGAUUCAGAAGGAACCAAAACCUUUAUAUUUUGGAUUUGGGAGCAUGCCUCUUGAAGAUUCCAAAAGAACAACUGAUGUUAUAUUGGAGGCACUAAAGGAUACAGAACAACGGGGAAUUAUUGACAGGGGCUGGGGAAAUCUAGGGAAUCUGACCGAAGUUCCUGACAACAUUUUCCUUCUAGAGGAAUGCCCUCAUGAUUGGUUAUUUCCUCAAUGUUCUGCUGUGGUGCACCAUGGUGGUGCUGGAACAACAGCUACAGGGUUAAAAGCCGGGUGUCCGACAACCAUAGUUCCGUUCUUUGGGGAUCAGUUCUUCUGGGGUGAUAGAAUACAUCAAAUAGGGUUGGGACCAGCUCCUAUUCCAAUAUCUGAGCUCAGUGUUGAUAAAUUAUCAAGCGCAAUAACAUUUAUGCUUCAGCCAGAGGUGAAAUCUAAGGCAAUGAACAUUGCAAUGUUGAUAGAGAAUGAAGAUGGUGUUGCGGCUGCUGUUGAUGCAUUUCACCGCCAUCUACCUCCUGAGCUGCCACUGCCAAGUCCAUCUCUAGUAGACGAGGGCCAUCCAAGUCCUCUGCAAUGGUUUUUUAUUCAACUUGGAAAAUGGUGCUGCCUGCCGUGUGGUGGUGCGUAGGUUUAGUUCUUAUAAUCCACCCAUCAACUAAUUAGAACGCUUCCAUUUUGUCCCCCUUCCAAGAAUCUCAGUUAAGUAUUCUUCUUGGGUAUUCCAUUCAUUGUAGUCAAGUCUCUUUUGGGAGGGUUUGACCACCAAAUCUCUUUCUCAAAAAUAACGCAACAGUUUCAUAGCCUAGAGAGCAAGAUUAGGAAAAGAGCAAUGUCACCUUUAUAUUCAUGCCAUAGCUGGUGCCAUCUGAGCUCUGUCGUACGCGUGACAAGGCCAAGGGGUCUCGCCAUUGAAGAAGCUCUAUUACUUACAGCUUCUUGAUGUCUUGUAAUUUGAUUUUGUGGGUUAGCAAUUGGCUAUUUGGUUGAUAUUUAAUGAUAUCAUACAAGAAUUUCAAGUA